UCAGCCAGCGUCAUGCGCUGGUGUGUUGUGCAAAAAUGGAAAGGAAGAUGGAGGAGAACGUGAGAGACGUCGACACCGGCAGUGAAGCUGGAAGAGAGGAAGCCUUAGUGGGCAAUGUGAACAAGCUGAUGGUUACUCCAACAGGAUACACAGGAGUUUCACGGAAAAGCCACCUUGUCUUUGAUGCUUGCUUCGAGAGUGGUAACCUUGGACGUGUUGACUGCAUCAGUGAAUUUGAGUUUGACCUUUUCAUCAGACCGGACACCUGUAACCCUCGCUUCAGAGUAUGGUUCAACUUCACAGUGGAGAAUGUGCAGGAAACACAGAGGGUGAUUUUCAACAUUGUCAACUUCAGCAAGACCAAGAGCCUGUACAGGGAUGGCAUGUCUCCAGUGGUGAAGUCCACCAGCCGGCCUAAAUGGCAAAGACUCCCAGCUAAGAAUGUGUACUACUACCGUUGCCCUGACCAUCGGAGGAACUAUGUGAUGUCCUUUGCCUUCUGCUUUGACCGAGAGGAUGAUGUGUACCAGUUUGCCUACUGCUACCCCUACACCUACACCAGACUGCAGCACUACCUGGACAGCUUGGAGCGCAGGAACCUGGACUACCUGCAGAGAGAGCAGCUGGGGCUCAGUGUGCAACAGCGACGUCUAGAUCUCCUAACCAUCACCAGCCCUGCUCCCCAGUUGGACUGGUGCUGCUGUAAAGAGUCUUUGCUCGGGAAGGGGAACUCAAUGUCUUGGAAAAGCAGCUGGGUGAUGGAGCAAAUUGCAGAGAUGGCAAGAGGAAACAGAUGGGUACGCCAGAAUGGAUACAGUGCCCAUAUGUCUAAAGGAUCUGGAUGGUCUAAUAUGCUUUGAUUAAAAUAAUGUUUAUGUGAGACACGUGGAGCCUGCUAAUUUCCCAGAUUUAUUUUGCAUUUGUUUCCCGAGCCCAGACAAGAAUAUCUCUGACCUUGACAUCUCUGGAAAGGGCAAAUAGACACUCAGAAAGAGAGAGAGGGCAACAUUUAGCGUUGUACCUCAAAUCAGGUUCUUUGUCUCUUUUUUUAAGUGACAACCAUUCUGCUCAAUGCACUGGCCAGUUUGGUUAUUUUCCUGGUUUUGCAUUUGAUUCAGUUUGUAUUAUCUGACUAUACUAUACUGUAUUCCUGUCAGACAUAUUGUAUGGUGCACUGUGCCACAA